GUUGAAUUCUUCUGCAUAGCUUGCUUCAAUGAAUCUAGGUUAAAAGACGUACACAAAGGAAUGAAAACUAACAACAAUCUGAAUUGAAAGAGGUUGAGUAAGUAAGCCCAUCAACUGACAACUAGCUAUGGAACCAGCACUACAGGAGAUAAGCACAGAAGUUCCAUCUGCCGCUUAGCGCCUGUCCAUCGAGAAUGUCGCAGGUACAGCAGGUGGCCGGUGCUCACGCCUGUAUCUGCGAAUCACGGCCACCGUUAGAUAACACCCGGGUUGGCGGAAUGUGGUCCUCGGGCGCCCCAGUCUCCGCGUCAGUCCGCCGCCAUGAAGACUCCGACCCCGGCCCUGCUGGCCGCCGUGCUGCUGCCGCUGGCGGCCGCCGCCGCGCCCGACACCCUCCGGCUGGUGAAUGUGGUGUACCGGCAUGGCACGCGCACGCCCAUCGAGGCCUACCCGACCGACCCCAACAUCGGCGCCUGGCCGCAGGGCGACGGCCAGCUGACCAACGAAGGCAAGCAGAACCAGCUCGAGCUGGGCCGCUUCCUUCGCAGCCGGUAUGACGGCUUCCUGCCGGAGCUCUACCACAUGAACUACACCCACAUUGAGGCGGCCGACGUGGACCGGUGUCUGAUGUCGGCGCAGGCCAACCUGGCCGGCCUGUUCCCGCCGCGGGGACAGGACGUCUGGGACGCCGAGCUCGCCUGGCAGCCGAUCCCCGUGCACACCGUGCCGUUUGAGGACGACUACAAGUUCAAGUCCUACAAGAUAUGUGACGCCUACAACGCGGAGCACGACCGCGUGUACAGCUCGCCUCAGGUUGAAGCGGUCAACGCCGAGUACGCUGGCCUGUACCAGUACCUGACCGAGAACAGCGGCGACCUGGUGGCCGACGUUACACACGUGCAGUACCUCUACGACACACUCCGGAUCGAGUCGACCCACAAUUUGACGACGCCCGAGUGGGCGCUCGCCGUGCCGCCUGGCUAUGACGCGCCGGCGUUCCCCGAUCUGAUGGAGCCCCUGGGAAACCUCGACUUUGCCCUGCUGGGUGCCACGCCACUGCAGCGUCGGCUUGGUGGUGGCACUCUGCUCAAGGACAUACUGAAGAACAUGAAGGCCAGCGUGUACGGCUACCUGAGCCCGCCCAACAGGAAGCUGUUCGCCUACUCGGGACACGACACCAACGUCGGCUGCCUGCUGACCACUCUGAUGGUAUACAACGGCGUGAUGCCUCCGCUCGCCAGCGCCGUGCUGGUGGAGCUGCACGCGGAGCCCGAGGUCGGUGCCACCGUGCAGCUGUUCUACCGGAACGACACCACCGCCGAGCCGUACCCGCUGCAGCUGCCCGGCUGCCAGCUCAGCUGCCCGUGGGACACCUUCGUCCAGCUCACCGAAGACGUGGUGCCAGACGACAUCGAGGCGGAGUGCGCCGCCGUGCCCGAGGGCUACGUCCCCAGGGCGAACAAGUGGCGCCGUGACUAGGCCCCGCUCCGAACGGGCAGGAGGGAGUCAGGCGACCGCGGGGAGUUCAGGCUGAAUCGAGCGGACGAUGACAGGGAGUCUGGUCGGGAAUGGUCGCCAUUUGGAAUAUGUUUGAUGAAACGAAACUGUGUUACUUCUUUCGUGAUUUAGUUGUGCAGUCAGCACAUCCAGGCGACGAUGCACACUGUUUUGAUUUUGUGUAGGUACUGCGUGAUAUACAAUAUACAAUGUCAUCUGGGCAAUACUGAAA